AUGCAGCAUCGAGCUGCGGAUGCUGGCGUUGCCGAGGAUGCAUUGCCACAAGCUGCCCAAGUCCGCAGGGCUGCGCAGGCAGUUCUCCGUGUGGAGGCAAAGCGUCGGGCCGUGGCGAAGAAAGCUGCGAAACAGGUUCAGGCUUUGUUGCGCCAGCUACAGCGAAAUGAAGCGCAGCGGCUGGAGGAGGAGCAGCGAUUUGCUCGUGCAGGCGCUGCAAGGAUUGCCAAGGAGAUCGCGAAGUUCUGGAGUGGUUGCUGUCGCGCAGCCGAGCACUUUGCUGUGCAGCAGAGACAUGCAGCUAGGACCCAGCAACACUUCGAGAAUAUGCAGGCGCUGCUUUCUCGCAGCGAGGCCUUCUCCAGCGAGGUCACCACGGGGCUUCUCGCAGACCAGGCACCUCGAGAAGGCCUCGAGAAAGAGCCUAAGCGCGACAGCUCGACGGAGUCGAAGCAGGCGCAGAACAGCUUGGAAGAGCUGGAAAGAUCGCCACGGCUCCAUUACGAUGACUUCGAUCGCCGCAAUAUGUCCAAGCAGAUCACGACCGAAGUGCCGGUCUUGCUGCUGCGACAUCCAAUCCGCGAGUAUCAGCACAUAGGCUUGCACUGGCUCGCCACCCUGCACGACAAACAGUUCAAUGGCAUACUGGCUGACGAGAUGGGGCUUGGCAAAACUAUUAUGACCAUUGCGCUGCUGGCCCACCUUGCUGUGCAGAAAGAGGUCUGGGGUCCUCACCUGGUCGUGGUUCCCACCUCGCUGCUCAUGAACUGGGUAAAGGAGCUGCAAAAGUGGGCUCCAGGCCUGAAGGUGUGCGCCUACUAUGGCAAUGCGAAGGAACGCCGUGACAAGCGACGCGGAUGGGGCGGUGAAGAUGCUUUUCACGUUUGUGUGGCUUCGUACACCGUGGUGCUGCAGGAUCUUCGACCUUUGAAAAUGAAGCGGUGGUAUUACCUGAUAUUGGAUGAAGCUCAGAAUAUCAAGAACUAUCGCUCCCAGAAAUGGCAGCAGCUGAUGCGCUUUAAAUCCGAGCGACGUUUGCUGCUGACCGGGACACCUUUGCAAAACAAUCUGACGGAGCUGUGGUCCUUGCUGCAUUUUCUGAUGCCGGACAUGUUUCAGUCUUACACAGACUUCAAGGAAUUUUUCGCAGACCCGCUGCACCUGGCCUUGCACGAACACCGUGUGAAACAGGAGCAGGAGCUUGUGGCGCGACUACACAAGGUCAUCCGACCCUUUCUGUUGCGAAGGCUGAAGAGCGAGGUGGAGCGUCAGUUGCCAAAGAAGCACGAACACGUUGUAUCCUGCCCUCUAUCCCGGCGACAGCAGGUCCUCUACGAGGAGUUUAUGAGAAGGCGCCAGACGCAGCAGAUCCUCAAGAAGGGUGACUACCUCAGAAUGAUGAGUAUUCUCAUGCAGCUCCGAAAAGUGUGUAAUCAUCCAGAGCUCCUGGAACCUCGGGGUGCAGACACCUCCUUCGUCAUGCAUCCUUUGGCCGUCAAACUUCCGCCACUGGUGUCACUGGACUUGUGGCUGAAUGUGGCCGGCAGGUCUUGCCGUGAGGAGAACUUUUGUGCACUUCUUCUGCCAUUGAUUUCUUUGUGGAAGUUCGAACUGAUGUUGAAGACCCAGAAUCACAAGGCUCUGCCAAUCUCCGAGGUGGUUGAAAUGAGCCUGCACCAAGCUCCGAAGAGGAGGCGCGUGUCGGAAGCAGCAGCCGAGUUGAGGUGCCAGGUUUCACCGGGCAGCCGAGAGUUUCUAGAUGAGUGGCACUUGCAGAUGUGCCGCGUGGACGAAGAGCGAAAACGCGAACGCUGCAGUGCUGUCUCUGCCGUCGAUCUUUUGGUGCAGCUGGUUUCAGAAGGGCGUCCCUGGAUCGGUGCAGAUGGUAUGGAGUUGCUCUCACUUCAUUGCAGAUCUGGAACGGCCUUCAGCCUGACCAAGCGCCUGCCACCGCGGCCGUUCAUGUGGCCAGAGUUGCAACGGUCCUCCAUGCGACUGUCACUGGCUUCGCGAGGUGUUGUCCUGCCAGAGGAGAGGCGGAGGAACAGGUGUUAUUGGAGCUCGGAGGCGCGUAUGCAAACUUCCGAAUGCUUUCAUCGGAAACCUUUCAAGGAUAAAAGAAGAGCGGCUGGCAUGGUAAUUUUUGACAGUCCUCUCAGAAUCGUUGAGCAAAUCAUGGCCCUGCUGCCCUGCUUGUCUCAGCUUGAUGGGGCGCUUGCUGCGAUGUCUUGCAGCAUCCUUCGCGAUCUCGAGAGCAACGUUGCAGCACGAGUGGGCAUGUGGGCAUUUCGAGUGCCUCGAGUUCAGGUUUCGUCAAGUGGUUCUGCUUUCGGCGAACAAGAUGCGGCGGACACCAAAGCGAGGUUCUGCGCAAAAUGCUGCAUGCUACGGUCACCGAUGCAGCUAGCAGGAGCGAUGGGAGACUCGGCACGCGACGUCCUCGAUGGACGCUUGCGCUGCCAUCUGCCUGAGAAGCAUCAUUUGGAAUCGGAUUGUGGCAAGCUGAGAAAACUGGCGAUUAUGCUCAAAGAGUUCAAAGCCCGGAAUGACAAGUGCAUCAUCUUCACCCAGUUCAGCAAGAUGCUGGAUGUCCUCGAGACCUUUGUGUGCCACCAUAGCUUCACCUACGUGCGCAUGGAUUCGGCAGUGAAGGUGGACAGGCGGCAGGACUUGGUCGAUCGUUUUAAUGACGACGAGCGCAUUUUCCUCUUCAUAUGCUCGACGCGUGCUGGCGGUGUGGGCAUCAAUUUGAUGAGUGCCAACACUGUCAUCUUCUAUGACUCCGACUGGAACCCGGCGAUGGACAGACAGGCCACGGAUCGAGCACAUCGAAUUGGCCAGACUCGCGAAGUGCACAUCUAUCGCUUGGUCAGUGACCACACGAUCGAGGAGAACAUUUGGCGGAGGCAGCUGCAGAAGCGAGAGCUUGACGACAUGGUCGUGGACCAGGGUCGAUUUACGACGGAAGAACUGGAGCACCUACACAAAGGUGCAUCCGCGGCUGCAAAGCCAGAAGAAGUCGGCUUACCGGUGGCAGCGAAGAGCAUUGCCUGGUCUGCUGCGGAGGUGCGUGCAAUGCUGCAAGAUGGGCAAGAUCCUGAACCGGAUCGCGAAGGCCCUCUGGCAUCGGAUCCAGAACCUCGCAGCAACGGUCAUGUUGCCGAGAGUGCAUGCCAUGGGAUGGUUCCAGGCAGCUCGUCAGAGCAACCCACGAGUAUUUCUGAGUUCGAGAAAGUCCUGCAGAAAGUUGAGGACACGGAGGAUGCCCAAAUGGCAGCGAGUGCAUCGCUGGAGCUUCAGCAGACAGAAUGCUUGCUCAAGGGGGAUUUCCAAGCCAGACAAGCUCCACCUGAGAAGCCGGAGAAGUUGGACUGGCUUAGCCUACCACGGCUAGUUCGAUGGGGAGUCCAUCGAAUCCGUGUUCUUGAGGUUGAAGAGGUGCUCGCCCGCCAGCGACCCCGAACUCGAAAGAGAAGAGCAGCUGUGACCGCUGUUUGA